GCGGCGACGGGGAGCCCGCAGUCAUGCUGAGAGUCUCAGCGGAGUCAGUGGACACACGUCGCGAACCUUUUCAACGAUACGAGAAAAAAUAUACGCGUGACAUUCUGUCCAAAAAACCUAUGUUGCCGGCGACAUGCGCCCGUGGUACGCAACGUCGCCGUGACGUCGCCAUCGGAUUGUUAUAACGAAGCGCCAAUAUCUGUGAUAUCUGUAGUUACAUGAGGAUACUGAAAUUUAUUUUUUACAAAAAUUUAUUGUUGAGUGAAGUGUAUUGAAAUUUUCCUGUGCUACGUAGUGUUACGUCUAGUAUACCGGCGCAUCUAACACUGGAUUUACUCUCAUUACCUAUCAAGCCUUCAAACUAUCAAAUUCAAGAAGAAGUGAUGUCGUCCUAUUAGCUAUUGGAAAAGCGCAAGAGCUUGAAAAUUCUGAAUUCUAUAAGAGGAGCGUCGGUAACGACGCUAUCUAAAACUAAGUCACUUGCGGGACGCUCCCGCCGCGUGGAUGGUGGCGGGCGAAUGGGGCUAUGCGCCGGCGUCGGCCACCCCCGCCAUGAACGCCUUUCUUGAAACCAACCACGCGCACCUCGCCUCCUACGGGCUGAAGAUGUCGCCGCAGCCAGCGUGCGGCGUCGGCGCGCAGCAUCGUGCCGCGGCGCCGCACGCGCCGCCGCAUCACCCGCCGCACUACCAGCCGUACCCGCUACACUCAUACCAACCGGGAUACCUUCGUGACUACAGCGGCUGCGGCGAGCUGUUCCCUCAGCAACCGCUCGAGCAGAGCUGGGAGUGGCGCGGUGAUGUACACUACCAGAGUGGUGCACCGCCACUGGUGCCGCACGCGCACGCGCACGCGCCGCACGCCUUCCUGCGAUAUGUGCGCGCGCCUCCGCGCCGCGAUAUGCGCUGCCAGUGGCUCGACCCGGAGCAGCCGCCACCUCGAAAAUUGUGCAACAAAUUAUUCUCGAGCAUGCACGAAAUCGUAACACAUCUAACCGUGGAACACGUCGGUGGGCCGGAAUGCACGACGCACGCUUGCUUCUGGCAGGGAUGCUCGCGAAACGGUAGACCCUUCAAGGCGAAGUACAAGCUAGUGAACCACAUACGAGUCCAUACGGGAGAGAAGCCUUUCCCCUGCCCCUUUCCCGGCUGCGGCAAGGUGUUUGCGAGAUCUGAAAACCUCAAGAUUCACAAGCGAACCCACACCGGCGAAAAACCCUUCAAAUGCGAGUACGCUGGCUGCGACCGACGGUUCGCGAACUCUUCGGACAGGAAGAAACACUCGCACGUGCACACGUCGGACAAACCGUACAACUGCCGCGUGCACGGCUGCGACAAGUCCUACACGCAUCCCUCCUCGCUCCGGAAGCACAUGAAGGUGCACGGCGCCGCGGGCGACGCCUCGCCGCGGUACGACAGCGACGGCGACGACUCUUCCUCCGCCGGCAGCGUCAGCGUCACCGCCGGCGCCGCCAGCCCCGCCGCGCCCCUGCCGCCACCACCAGCACCUGCCCCCGCACCGCCCUUGCACCACCCACACCACCACCCCUCCAUAACGGACAAGUUGGAAAGCCUCAACGACAAAUAUCUAAACCCCCACGACCAGAAGCCGUACGAACGGCCGCCACCCGCGCCCCACCAUAACCAACCUCCACAUCUAACAAAUAUUGGCGGUAAUGGAGUGAUGGACAAUAAGUUAAGCUUCGGCGGACAUUGGACGCAGUUCCAACAACCGGCUCCGACGGUACCGCACGGCGUACCCGAGUGGUGGUGUCCUACACAAGAAUCCUACCACCAUCAUCAUUUGAUGCACCACUCGGGGGCCGCCACUGCCUAUUGACCGCACCGCGCCUAGGGGACUCUUCAUUCGACGAUAUUAUGAGUCGUCAGAGUUUCGACUUACAGCUUGCUUGUCACACAGCCUUUUCAACAUAAGGAAGACGUGCAAAACUGACGUGGAAUGAAAAGUUCGCUACGCGCUAACGUGUCAUUAUUUCCUGAAGUGUGUUACGCUUAUUAAUAAAUAAUUAUAGUCCAUAGUCAUUCCGACCAUAUCUGUAAACUCACAAACCAAAUUACAGCCGUCCGAAAGUUAUUAAUAUUGGGUCCUACUGUUAAGUAAAGAGUUAUUUGUGAAAGUUUUGACAAUUUAACUGUCAACAAUAGGGUCCCUUGUCCAACAAGCCUAUUGUUUUAAAUUUUAAAAAAACUUACCGCUGAUUGUGUGCAUUACAGAAUUCUGUUCAUUCUGUAGCUGUGUAAACAAUAUGUGUAUAGAAGAUUGUCGUAUUUUGAAAGACAUUAUAAAUACGAAUUGUCCGAACAUUUGUGAUGUAUUGAACGCGGUUAAAUGGCGUAGAGUUUUGUCAACUGUAUUGAUGACAGUGAUUUAUUGCAGCCUUUUUUGUAAGUAAGCUAUACGUACAAACAAAUAGCACUGUUAAAGUUCUUUAAUAUUUCCCUACGCCUAAAUAUGUACACGUUCUGGUUAAUUGCACCAGCAAGAAAUCCAAAUUUUUUUUUUUUAGUUAUGUGUAUAAAGUUUGCCUGUUAAACGAUUUAGUGUAACAGAUUACGCUGUUACCGAAAUAAAUGUUAUUAUAGGCAUUCUUUAAGAGCAAAUUCCUUAACAUAAAAUUAUAAUGAGCAGCAUGGCCAAAGCACCGAAGUCUAAUAAACCAUACGAUUUAUAGGUUGUAAAAUUCAUGUAAAUUUUAGCAUUAAGCCACUUUUUUGUAAAGAUAUUUUUAAGAAAAUGCCCAGUGAUAGUAGAAAUAAGGAUUCGCCGUAUGAUAUAUUGUAAAUUAAAUUACUUGCACUAUUAAUUGUCAUUGCUAUAAUUGUACUGUCGACUCCUUACUGAUUGUAUUUAUAUACAUAUUUAUCUUAUAAAUAAUGCUAUUUUUUCACGGAUGCGACAAAAUUUUAGAUAAAAUAAAUAUGUACCUUCUAUAUUAACUGCCCACUUGAACGACUGAGAGAACGUAAAAGCAUGAUGUACUUUAAGUUAUUUUAAGAAAAAAUUGUUGUCUUUUCUACAGCCCUGUAAAUAGCGAAAAAUAUAAAUAUUUCGAUUUAA